AUGGGAUCUGCUGAGUUUGGAACAGCCAAAUAUUUGAAUAAAAAAAUGAAGGCCAAAGGCCUUCAAAAACUGCGAUUUUACUGUCAAAUUUGCCAAAAACAAUGUAGAGAUGAAAACGGAUAUAAAGCCCAUUGUCGAUCGCCAUUCCAUACACGAAACGUAACACAAACGAAGCCGCAAGACUUGCAUAAUUACUCAGAACAGUUUGAAAAGGAUUUUCUGCGACUUCUUCGACUGUCACACGGGGAAAAGAAGAUAGAAGCCAAUAAGUUUUACAACGAGUUCAUUCAAGAUCGAGAUCACAUACACAUGAACGCCACUAGGUUUACGUCCUUAACUAAAUUCAUUUUGCAUUUGAGUAAGACUGGAAAAAUUCGACUCCACGAUCUUGAUGGAGACGAAGAUAGCAUAGACGUUGAAAGCGGCAAAAUCAUGAUAAGUUACAUUGACAAUUCGUUCGAGAAUAUGCUGCGGCAAAAUAAGUUGAAGGAGAUAGAAGGCUCCCAGGCCACUGAAGAAGACAUUAAAAUGAAGAUGUUGAAACGUCAAAUAGCAACAUCGGCAGCUGAAGCGGAGGAUGUCGAUGAUGCGGAUGCGGAGGAAACCAUAAGUCCAGAAACACAGAUUGGUAAAAUAUCAUUGACCCUUCCAAAGAAGCCAGCGAGCAAAGGAAAGGUUAGUAAAAAGCCCAAAAACCUGUUCAAAAAAUUGAAAUAG